CUCGUCUCUCCUUUCGCCCCUUCCAGGCUUCCAAUUCCCAACUUCCAACUUCCACCCACCCUCCUUUGACUCACUUUGUUCCGCUCGCUCCUUGCGACCCGCUACCCGCCUACAGCCUCACGCCAUGGCUGCUGCGGGAGUUUCCCAAGCCAGCUCCCCGCGCUUACCCAGUCCUCCCCCGUUCACGGAGGUCCAGAUCGGGCCCAAGUCUCCAUCAGUCGGCGAGUCCUUCGACAACGAGACCGAACAAUUGCUAGGCGCCUCCAAGACUGCCGAGGACGGCUCGACGCGGAGAAUCCGACCCGGCACGAGGGCUGUCGACAUGGCUUACGGCCCUCCUUUGAUCCCUCUUUCACAGCUUGACUCCCCCUUCCAACUCCAGGAACACCUCAAAGCCCUUUACAAUCAUUACACAAGACCCGAAGGCACGGAUACAGUUGUCCCAAUUAGCCGUGACGUCGCGAUCCAACUCGCGGAGCCUCCGGAUGGCGUCGACCGGUCGCUCUGGCUGUACGAACUCUGUCGUUUCCUAACCAUGAAAGUAAACAAUCUCAUCAUCGCCUUCUUCGCCGACUCCCCUCCCUGCUCCUCCCAGACGUGUCCCGAGAUGCGUGCGUCCGAGUGGCAGUACCUCUGCGCCGUCCACGAUCCCCCCAAAGCGUGUUGCGCGAUCGACUACUGCUGCCACACCCUUGAUUGGGCCACCAACAUCCUCACAUCGCCGAAAUACUUCCCCAGCAGGCUGACGCUGGGGUCUGAGACUGCCGGGGGCGCACAAGCAAGCAUGAGACACCUGACCAACAUCUUCCGUCGGCUGUAUCGCAUCUUCGCACACGCCUGGUUCCAACACCGCGAGGUGUUCUGGCAGGUGGAGGGCCACGACGGGCUCUACAUCUUCUUCAAGACGGUCUGCGAUAUGUACAACCUAAUUCCGGAAGACAAUUACACAGUUCCCGCGGAGGCUGAAGGCGUAGAUGUGCAUCAGCCACCGGCGCCGGAGCACACGGAUGGACGUCGGAUGACAAUCCUGCGAAAGGAUCCCGAGCCGUUCCCCGUGUCGCUUGAAAAUAUCGAGCCCGCGGCGAUCAGCACCGGUGCCACCACGAGGCGCCACAAGAAUAGCCCGUCGAUCGGCUCGGGCGUCACCACCAUCAGCGAAAGCGCGGAGGAUGAUGACCAGCCGAAGCAGCAGGCGGUUGCAGCGGCGACGGCCGCCGUGGCUGCUGCUGCCGCUGCUGCGGCUCCAGCUUCAACUCCAGCUCCUGCCGCCGCUCCUGUCAUUAUUCAUGCUCCGGCUCCGGCUCCGGCCCCGGCCCCGGCUCCAGAGGCUCCAGCUCCUGCUGCUCCCGCUCAAGAAGCUGAGCAAGCGCCAGAUGUGACCAAUGAGGAGCCGAAGGAAUCUGUUCAGCCGUCAUCUCCUGAUAGCAAUGGGUCCCAGGUCACCGUGGCUGAAGUCCACGAGGAUGAGGACGAGGCUGAGUCUGCGGCUGACGUUGGUUCUGAACCUGCUCCGGCCGUUUUGGAGACCACAACCGAAGAGAAGCCGGAGUCGGCCGAGCCAGAUUCCAAGGCUGACGCAGAAGAGCUGCCCGCAGAAGUGGCAAGCGAACCGACUGCGGAGACUUCAGAAACUACGGAAACCGCAGAGACCGCGGAGACCGCGGAGACCUCGGAGGUCGAGACGGCGCCGGAACAAGAGGCACCCAGCGAGCAGGAACCGCAGGCGGGGACCGAGGCAGGGAGCGAGCUGGCGGCGGAGGCCUAGUCGCACACUUUAUUUUCCUACUAUGACAUGAUGGCAUGUGUCUAUACCACGGCUGUAAUAUGUAUUGCUUGAUGUGGGUUCACGGCAGACGACGGAGGCACUGAUGUAAUAUACGACUCGAGCGAGUUUAAUG